CCAAUAUAUUCCUCGCAAACCGCCAAAAUGCCCAGCGCAAAGUUCGAAGAGCUCUUUAGUAAGGUCAAGCAGCUCGACGGCGAUCCCUCCAACGAGCAGCUACUUAACGUGCGUGCCCCUCCCAAUCCCUCUCCCCUCCCUUCCUCCCUCCCCCUUUCUCUCUCCCUCUCACCGUCCCCUGCCUCCCCGGAACAGACGCAUAUGCGCGUAUCGUCUCUCACUCAAACUAACCCACCCGCCAGCUUUAUGCCUGGGGCAAAGUCGCAAAGGGCGUCUCCAUCGAGGGCAAAUCCAGACCCGGUAUCUUUGACCCGACCGUACGUCCACUUGUGCUCCAUCCCAUCUUCGCUCCAAUGUCCUAACAUGUUCAAUCUUCUCCAGGGCCGUUAUAAGUACGAUGCGUGGAAGAAGGCCGAGGACGAGGGUCUGUCCGCCGAGGAGGCCGAGCAGAAGUACAUUGCGCUGGCGGAGGAGUUGAUUGCCAGGAUCGGCCUCAAGGCGCCCGGGCAGGCCUGAGAAUAAAGGUGGACAAGUACGCGAUGGAACGAUGAUGGGAAGCCCGUUAUUGGGGCGCAGGAGAAGGAGAUUCCGGUUGCUGAGUGAGAAGACCAAUGUCGCCACGCUGGGUCUCCCAUAGAUUUGUGCUUUUGACCGCCGCGUCUACUGUAGAGGAAUGUAUACUUCUUGCAUGCAACUCCAGAUACAUCCGUCUGCUCCAGC